UCUGGAAACCCAUUUAACAUGGAGACGCGAUCAAAAAGAAAACGUAUUGGACCGCUACCCGGGGGCAAUCGCCGGGGCGCACCUGGGGCUGACGCUGGGUGUCUCAGCAUGCGAACCGUCAGCGGUGAGGAGCUGAACAGGCGGGCUCCUACCGACAAAAAUACUACAGCCGAAGUCAUUGACGAUGAUGACAGACUGACAGACAGGACAAACACCCCUAUAGAACCAUACAGCCCAAGCACUAUAUCAUACACACCAUCUUCACGCACAUCGUCACCAUCACUACCAUCGUCCCCUCCUAUAGCUAUUUUAAAUGCAAAUCCAUCCAUACAGACCUUGAAUGUUGCGCGGGAGGCAAGUACCUUCUUACCCGCGUCCACCAAGGCUGGGAAAGCAAGAGUUCGCAUGAAAUGGAGCAGAGAAGUAAACAUAUUCAUCAUGCGAAACUACCUAUAUAUAACGAAAUUAGAAACAGAUUUGACCACCUACAGACAACGUUUACAUGAACUCUUUAAAGAACAAUACCCAUCGAUUAUCGUUUCCGAACAAAGAAUUUCAGAUCAAAGAAGAGCCAUAGUAAGAAAUAAACUCCUACCUCAAGACAUAAUAGACCAACUUAAGAUAGAGAUACGUAGACAACUAGAAGAAGAAUCGAAAAGUAAUACAGACACUAACACUGCUGCACUAACACAAACCAGAUCCCAGAAUAUUCAACAAAUACAACCCUUACAACCUAAUACACAACAGCAAACAUACAAUCAACUGCAACCAUACUCACAAACAUCACACACAGCUACACAAACUGAAACUAUAAUCUUGACGAUAGAAAAUGACGUUGAGCACUUAGAUAACACAGAUAGGAAUACGAUUUCAGAAAAAUAUGUACAGGAAAUACUUAACAAAUUCAAAACAGCGAUCACACAAUAUUCUGGGAUGGAUCCAGCAGCUAGGCCAAAACUCCCUAAGCUGAAACACAGUCCUAACCUUUUUCGAUUAGUAAAUAUCUUCAACGAAAGUAUACUUUACCAGUUUAUGUCCAUCGAUACACAAUUAAUAGAUAUACACACCGUUAUAUACUGCACAGCGUUAGUCAUAUCUGAAGAGCUCAAUUUUAAAAUCACAGAAUACACUGAAAAUUCUAGAUCAAGACACAAUAAUAAACCACCAUGGCAACAAAGAUUAGAAAAAGACAUUGAAAAAUUAAGAGCAGACUGCGGUAGACUUACACAAUACAUUAACAAUAACAGAUCAAACAAAGUAGUUAAAAGAGUUGAAGCGAUUUUUAAAAGCAAUUUUAUUCACACAAGACACGAAAAUAGUAAUACAAAACCUGAAGAAUUCUUAGAUACAUUCAAACAAAAACUUGCCCUCAAGGUUCAUAGGCUCAGAAGAUACAAAAAAGCCCAACAACGCAAAAAAGAUAACGCCAUAUUUGCUACAAAUGAAAAAAUGUUUUAUAGGAACCUAAAUAAACCACACACCGACACAAUAUCAGAUGAAAAAAUUGAAACACCUACUAUAGAACAUUUAGAAAAUUUUUGGUCUGGCAUAUGGGAACAACAAGUGGAACAUAACAAUGAAGCAGCUUGGAUAACAGAAGAAGAUUUUAAAUGGAGAGGAAUAGAUGAAAUGGAGUUUAAGGAGUUUACGGAAUCUGAUAUAACAAUUAUUACAGCUAGAUUGCACAAUUGGAAAUCACCUGGAAUAGAUAAAAUACACAAUUUUUGGUACAAAAAGUUAACCUCACUACACAAAAUUAUAGCAAAAGUUUUUACUGAUAUUGUAUUAGGACGUCAAAAUAUACCUGAAUUUAUUGCAACAGGAAUAACUUACAUGCUACCUAAAACUAAGUACACAACACAACCUUCCCAAUACAGACCAAUUACAUGCCUACCCACUAUUUACAAAAUUUUAACAUCAGCAAUCACAACUAAAAUCAACUUGCACGUCGAACGCCACAAUAUAAUAGCAGAAGAACAGAAAGGAUGUAGGAGAGGCCACAUGGGAUGUAAGGAACAGUUAGUUAUAGAUUCAACUAUUCAUAAACAUGCAACAGCAAAAAAUAGAAACCUUCAUUGUACCUAUAUAGAUUACCAAAAAGCAUUCGAUAGUAUCCCACAUUCUUGGUUAAUAAAAGUUUUAGAAAUUUAUAAAGUUAAUCCAAAAAUAAUCAAUUUUUUGCGUAGUAUCAUGUCACAUUGGAAAACUACAUUACAGCUAAGUAACCGCCUCAAUACACUUGUAUCUCGACAAAUAUAUAUUAGGAAGGGUAUCUACCAGGGCGACUCACUGAGCCCCUUGUGGUUUUGUCUUGCUCUAAAUCCCUUGUCAGACCUGCUGCAUAAGUGCCGGGCUGGAUAUAGCUUUAAACACAACUCCAAGGAAACCAUUAUUUCACAUCUUAUAUACAUGGAUGACAUUAAAUUAUAUGCAAAAUCCGAAAAAGAAAUGAAAAACCUAAUAAAUAUAACUACAGAAUUUAGUCAGGAUAUAAAUAUGCAAUUUGGAAUAGAUAAGUGUAAGGCAGUACAUAUUAUAAAAGGUAAAAUAAAAUCCGGUGAUUAUAUAAUUAACGAAAAUGAUACAAUUUCCUCUAUGGAAACAACAGAUUUAUAUAAAUAUUUAGGUUACAAGCAACUGAAAGGAAUCGACUAUACAGCAGUCAAGCAAACACUUAAUACAGAAUAUCGAAGGAGAAUAAACGCCAUUUGUAAAACACAACUAUCAGGUAAGCAUCUGAUAAAAGCACUUAAUACAUUUGCCAUACCAAUUCUUACUUACUCAUUCGGGGUAAUCAAAUGGUCUAAAACAGACAUCGAACAAAUAGAAAGGAUUACACGCACUACACUAACAAAACACAACCACCAUCAUCCUAAAUCGGCAGUUGAAAGACUCACGAUCAAAAGAGCAACCCCAUAUAUAAACACAGUAGCCUCAAAUAAGUGGUUAAAAAUAGGAAACCUGUUUCCAGAAACCGAAGGAUUCAUUAUAGCCAUACAAGAUCAAAUCAUCAAUACCAAAAACUACAGGAAAUAUAUCAUCAAGGACUCUACCAUUACAAGCGAUAAAUGCCGAAGAUGCCACAUUCAAUCAGAAACCAUUCAACACAUUACAGGAGCAUGCACAACACUCACUCAGACCGACUACACUCACAGACAUAACCAAGUCGCCAACAUCAUUCAUCAAAAACUGGCACUCAAGCACAUGCUUACACAAAACACUAACACACCUUACUAUAAAUAUACCCCUCAAACGAUACUAGAAAAUACCACAUACAAACUUUAUUAUGAUCGCGCUAUUCUUACAGAUAAGACCAUACACUAUAAUAGACCAGAUAUAAUUCUACAGGAUAAAUUAAGAAAAACCACUUACCUCAUAGAUAUUGCAGUUCCUAAUACCCAUAAUAUACAGAAAACAGUAAGUGAAAAAAUUAGCAAAUACACUGAACUUAAAGAAGAAAUUACGAGAAUCUGGAAACAAGCCAAAGUGUAUGUGGUACCUAUUGUUAUCUCUACUACAGGGGUUAUUCCCAAUAGUCUUCUACAUAGCUUAAAAAUAAUAGGUCUGGAAGAAUCUCUCUACAUCGGUUUGCAAAAAGAUGCCAUUUUAAAUACGUGUAGAAUAGUAAGAAAGUUUUUGCAGGUUGACGAAAGCAUUGGUUUAACUUAA